UUGCAUGCAUGGUGAUGAAAAAUUUACUCUAUAUGUUUUUGGUAUUCAAAUGUUCUACUAAGCUUUUGCUAGAUUUUUCAUUCAUUAAUUAUCAUAAAAGUAUUACUAGAAGGUUUUAUGACUAAGCAGAUUUAAUCAUUUUUAAUGUUUUUUUUUCUUUUAAAGAUUUUUUCUAUCUCAAAAGGGUGGCUGACCAACCUAUCAUUUUCCAUUUCCCAUUUUGGAUUACAAUAGAAUAUUUAUCUUUUCAAGUUUAUUACUCAAGUUCUUUAACUAUGAAAAAUUAUUCUGUUUCUAAUGUUCUAUAAGAAGUCUUUAUUGAAAGGAACUUAUAAUUGUAGAGACAAGUCACAUGCUUAUCAUAGUAGGCUUUUAGUGCUACAUAAAGUUCCUAUUAGUUGCUUGUCUAACUUUGGAUUCUUUUACUCUAUUUUCAUGUUUUGAAAUAUUGCUUUCACUAACAUGAUCCUCUCGUCUUGAGAAUUCAUCUCCUUUUUGUACAAUUUAGAUGCCAAGAACUUUAAGUAAACGCAUGAAAGUGUUAGACAUUCCUCGAGUUCCGUGCAAUUUGCAUGACAAAAAAGAUGGUUUUUAGCUAAUAUACGUAACAAAUAUGAUUCUAUUCUAUGAGAAGGUAGUAGAAUAAAUGUUGCUAAUAAGUCUUUUUCUUGUUAUAGAAAUUGAAGCUAUUAUGGGGUCAGGGAAUUUGAUUAUUUUUUUUGUUUUAUUUUUGCAGGAAGAGAUGCCAAGUCCCCUAAGUGAUCAAAUUCUGAAUUUUUGUGAGUCUGAAUUUUUUCCAGAAAUACAAAAUUCAGAAGUUGCUUCUAGUUCAAAUGGCUGCUGCUAUGAUGAGCAGUCCUCUUAUAGUCCAAAUCUUGAUCUAAACAAAUUCCAAAGCACUAGUGAAAAGAAUGAUGACACUAUCACAAUCUCAACCAGAGCAGCCACCAGCACAACCAAUGUUAGCCCGUCUAGAGCUAACAAUAGCAACAAUUACGACGACAACAACAACAGUAACAGUCUGUCGAUAAUAUUUGAUACUCAAGAGGAAAUUGAGAAUGACAUUGCUACUUCUAUAGACUUCACAAUCACACCAUCCACAAACUUCAUUGUCCCUGACCAUUUCCUUCAACAACAAGACGAACAAUUCGACGUUAAUCCUCUUAACAAUCACCAUUCCCCUGUCACAGAUGUUAUUUCUGUUCCCUUGUCUCAUCAGUAUCAUCAAAAUCACUUUCCUAUCGUUCCUCUUAUGGGAUCUUCAUUAGGCCAUCUCUACGAAGAGGAAUCGUUGUCCUCUAUUCCUCCUUACAUGCGCGUCGUUACUUCAUCUCCUUCUUGUUCACUUCUUGAUCCUAUUAUAGGAAAUUACAUUCAAGGAAAUCUUAACACUAUAAUCCCUUCUGAAGCUUCAGCUAUAUUUGCUGCUGCUGCUAAUAGUGCUUUGUUCUAUGGAUCCCAAUUGCCAAAUCAAGAAUUGGAAUUUCAAGAAGGGAAUAGUAGAAUUUUCUGCCCUGAUGCCUUGCCAAGGAUCUAUAACUGUUCUAUUGAGCUUCAGGCAAUCAGCAAUGAGAGUCAGCAUUUGGUUAGUGCUGUUGGUUGUUCUAACCCUUUGGCUGCAGAAGUUACAACCUUUGAAGAUCCUUCCUAUAAUAAAACUGGCAGGUGUUCAGUUGAGGAUAGGAGGGAGAAGAUUCAUAGAUACAUGAAGAAACGAAAUGAGAGGAAUUUCAGCAAGAAAAUCAAGUAUGCAUGCAGAAAAACACUAGCAGACAGCAGGCCAAGAGUGAGGGGAAGAUUUGCAAGAAAUGAUGAAUUUGGGGAAGCUGCAAGUAAAGCAAAUUCUUAUGGAAAUCAUGAAGAGGACACAAGUGAUCAAGAUGUAAAGUUCAAUAGUAUUAUAUAUCAAGAUCCAAAUAUGGUUGCUGCUUCUACUCAUGAGAAUAAUGUUACUCACAAUGGCCGGAUUUUCAACUCCAAUAUUUGUCACAUAUCCACUGGUCCCUAUGAUAUAUGCACACCUCUCUAUUGUACAGACGGUCAAAUGCACUAGAGUCUUAUACAACCCUGCAAUAUUUGCUGCUAUAGCUCCUCUCCUGCAUAUAACAGUCUAGAAUACUGCAUAUGGAGGUGAAAGAAGAAGAGGUGAAAUCGUUGUGUAUAGUUCCACAUAAUAUUGGUGUGAAUACCUUCAAAAUCUACUUGGAUUUCAUCAGCUUCCAACUUUAUUUUUAUAUGUUCUUGCAACUAUAUAUACAAUUUUGCAGGACUAUAUUUUCAAUAGGCUAUAUUAAUUAGUUAUAAACCAAUAAAGAAAACAAAGAAUAAGUUGUAAUAGUUCACUCAAUGUCCUGAAGUCAGGGCAUGUAAAUUUUGUAAAUGUUGUGCUGUUGUAAGUCGCUAUUGUAAGUCAUACUUUUUGUUU